AUGUCUGAUCCUGAGUUGGCCCGUGUCCUGAAGGAGAUGAAUGACCUUGUUGGUCAGGCUGAACUUCAGGCUAACCUCCAAAACCUCCAACAGCUUGUGCACCAGGAGGCAGAACCAACUACCAGUCAGCCUUCCACCAGUCAGCCAUCAAACGGAAGGCAAGAUGUUAGAUGGAUUAAGAGGGACAGUGAUGGGAACAUUAUUUAUGGCAUGCCCAGAUCAUCCCGAAAACAAGCAGCAGGCCCCAGUCACAGCCAGAAUCGGAAGACUGGUAUCUCGCAUGUCAGGGCUUCAGAAACCAGUGGGGAAGUAACCAGCGACUUUCCUUCCGUUACUGCGGAGUCCUUCCUUCAAGAGCUUCGUUCACUGGGUGAGGACAUAAAUGAGGAUGAAACACCACCUCAAGCCUCAACAGACUGGGCAACCCGAAAGAGCCUCAUUUCAGGGUGGUGGGCGAAAGAGAGAAUCCGGCUGGUCAACAUCAUGUGUGAUGUCAGGGUCCACCGAGGUCAAGUGUUCCACAACAGGGAUUCGAUGACCCAUGCCUUUUUUAAUCCGUUGCCUCCCACAACUUGUGUUGUGGAGAGGGUUCUAACCCAGUGUGAGCGUCUUGUACCUUUGGAGAUGCCAGAGACAAUAUGUGGUUGUCUACAAGGAUUGUCCAGUGUCGUCGCAGGACAGUCCAUAGUUGUGGUCACAAUGAAUGGGAGAUAUGAUCUCAGAUUACCUCAGAUGAGAUGCGAGGAAUGUGAAGCUACGUGGAGUCCUGGAGUGGAUGACCUGAGCGGAAAGAUCACAGCAGACACCUUCCGGAAAAGCUUCAUUGAGUGGGAGGCUGUUAGAUUCGAAGUGGACAAAUUAUGCCGGAAAGAUUACUUUGACUGUCCAGCGUGCAGCCCAGACAUGCUUGCGGUAUCUGUUGAUGGAAACCGCAAGCACUACAGAUUCAACAGUGCAGCAAGAUCGGAGGAACAAGCCGUCUUUGAUGGUGUGUUCAUUGCGAAUGAUGAUGAGGUCGGAAGAUUCGUGGACUAUGUCCAUGCCUCAACCAGCCAUGUCUCUGGAAGAGGUGUCUGUGGAGGGCAGUGGUCAGCGGCGCGUGAAACGUCUAAGAAGUCCUCAGGAAAAACAGACGAGGAGGGCCUGGAACUUGCGGUCUGCCGUCAUGGUGUUCUCCUCCGUGCCCUUAAUAUGUUUCGAGGUGAAAUCUUUGCCUACCCCCUGUACCUCCAAAAGCAAAUGUCCCACAAGCAAGUGACAUUUUUCGCCAUGGAUGUGGCUUGCAAGUACUGGCCUUACCUGCGGAGAGUUACAGAGAAAUGCCCGGAGUUUCAGGAUCUCCUGACCAUGAGGCCAUUUCUCUCGGUUUUUCAUGCCAAAGCUCACGAUUUCAAAUGUGAGGUAAAAUGGAGUGGAGCGUAUCAGGAGGGGGCUGGGUCGACUCUUGGGGAAGAGGUGGAGCAGUGUAACGCCUUCCUCUCGAGGAUUGCUGUCACGACAAAGCACAUGUCAAAAGCAGGACGCAUAGACAUGCUGACGGUCAUGGCCAUGCGCUGGAACCAACAAAAGUUUGACAACUUGGCUUCCACCCUUGCCCGCCGAUAUCGUAAGGCCACAGUAGCCUUGCAAUGCCAGUUGCAUAACCUGGAGACUAUGAAAACAGAAAUGAACAUCACAGACAAUCAACUGGAGAGAUGGACCAUUGAUAUCAAAGAGUGGGCAGAAGCAACAACAUCCCCAAAUGAUGCUGAUCUUGCCGCUGUAACCAGCCGAAUUGAGGAGCUGGUGGCGAGUGUUAAGGGGAGGUCCCAGCGUCUUUAUAAAGACAAUGACGGAUGCAAAGGACGUGCCCGGAUCCGCCGAAAGAUCAGGGAGGAAAAAAACAAUUUAAAUGCUGUACUGGAAAAGUAUAACACCAUGGUUCCUAAUGCAGAUAACCUGACCUUGGAUACCAUUCUAUCUGACGAGAUUGUGCCAUGGCAAAUUACACACGGUGACUCUGUAGAUCUAAGGACGAAGAGGAAGGUGUUCGACAUUGUGAUGGCAGUAAGGAGACUUGAGGAGGAGAAGAGGAUUCUUAUUGCAGAGAUGAACAAGCAUUGGAAGUCUAUUUGCACCUGUGCAGACUCCCUGAGGCAGAUGUCAUCCCAGCUUUCUAAGGUGACAUCAGGUGAGACAUGGGGCCUGCUUCAAGAUGGGAUCCAAGGUCUACAGAGCUUGAUGAUGAAGAACAAGCAAGCAACCAACAACAUCGCAAAGCAUGCAAAGAACUGCUAUGUUCAAGUUCUGACUGGAACAGAAAUGAACUUUGAUAGUGAUUCUGAUGAAUACCAUACCAGUAGUGACUCUGAGCAAGAUUAA